UUUGGAGUGGAUGCCCAGAUUGAAUCUACUAGCUAGCAUGUCCACCUCCGUCUCCGUGCGCCGCCCCUACCUGCUCGCCCUCGGCGUCAUCCUCGCCAUCCUCCUCUGCUUUCCGCCGGAAACGGCGCAAUAUGUCCAUGGUCCUUUCCUCAACUAUCCACCCCUAACGGCGGAGGUUUCGUAUGAUCCUCCGUGGUCCGACGAGUACUGGGCCAACGAGCCCGUCGUCGGCGAGGCGGCCACCGUCGCCGCCAGACGCGCAGAGGCGGGCGGCUACGCGUACGGCUGCGCCAGGCUAUGGCUGGCAUGGGGCUGCCCUCCCGCUCCCGGCGAGGGGGUCAACGGAACCCUGGUCUACGGGAGGCGCUCCUAUGAUCGGGAGCUGGAUCGCUUCGAGGAGGAGAGGCGGCACUGCCGCGACGACCGCGUCCCUCGGAACCAUCCGGAGGAACACCUCUUCCGUCGCACCUACCCGGCUUCUAGAUUUGAUCUUUACUGUUGUGCCUGUUGCUUUUCAUGUGGUCCCUACUACCGAGGGAGACUUUAAUUUGUACGAGACAAACAACAAAUAGACAAUUUAUUUUCCUAGUAGCACUACAUAGAAUUUCUUAUACGCUUAUGCAAUAAUAAACCAUUGUUAUUUCCAGAGUUUUUAAACUUGUAAACCUAAUUCUUCUUCUCAUCUCUUCUCUUCUCU